AUGGAUGGUGACCAGAGCAAGGUGCAGCGGCUGUACGACGCGUGCGACGCCGUCUUCUCGCCGGGGAAGGGAGGGCUCCCCACGCUCACGCAGAUCAGGUGGCUGCAAGACAUCCUCGAUGGGAUGGAGGCGGCCGACGUCGGGAUCGAUGCGGGCGGCUGCGGCGGCGAGAGGUCGUCGUCGUCCUCGGACGACGAGCGCACCAGCCGGCGGUUCCUCUAUCCGCGGGCGUUCACGCGGAUCACGUACGUGCACAUCCACGAGUGCGACGAUUUCUCGAUGGGUGUGUUCUGCUUCCCGGCCGGCGCGACGCUGCCGCUGCACGACCACCCGCAGAUGGUUGUCCUGAGCAAGCUGCUCUACGGCUCCAUGCGGGUCAAGUCGUACGACUGGGUGGCCGCGCCGUGCCGCGUAUCCGGCGCAACAAAGAGUGGUUUGGCGAAGGUGGUGGCCGUGGACGAGCUCAGGGAGGCGCCGUGCAAGGCGUCGGUGCUGUUCCCCCGGAGCGGCGGCAACAUCCACACCCUCACCGCCGUCACGCCGUGCGCGCUGCUCGACGUGCUCGCGCCGCCGUACUCGGAGGACCUCGGGCGGCCGUCGACCUACUUCACUGACAUCCCCGUCCCUUCUCUCCCAGGUUUUGCUGUACUGGAAGAGGCAGACUUGCCUGAAGAUUUUAGCGUCGUCGGGGCGCAAUACGUAGGGCCUGAGCUCGCAGUAGAUAUGGACUGCUAUGACUAGAUAGCUCACUGUUUCCCCCCAAAGUAGCUACACAGACAAGUUAUGCGCCAUGUGUACAUGUCUGGAGAAUACAUUGUACCUUCCCCAU